AUGCACGCCAAGGCUCUCCUCGCCGCGCUUCUUGCGCCGGCGGCCGUGUCGGCGCAGCUGAACAACCUCGCCGUGGGGGCGGGCUUGAAGUACUUCGGUGUUGCCGUGAAGGAAGGCGCGGUCAACAGCGACUCGGCUUACAUGGCCAUCGUCAACAACAAGAAUGAGAUCGGCCAGGUUGUGGCCGAGAAUGGCCAGAAAUGGGACUCGACUGAGCCCAGCCAGGGAAGUUUCAGCUACUCCCAGGGAGACAUCGUCCCGGGGGUCGCCAAGAAGAACGGUCAGGUUCUUCGGUGCCAUACCCUUGUGUGGCACAGCCAGUUGCCCAACUGGGUCGCAUCCGGCAGCUGGACUCGGGCCACUCUCGAAGCCGUCAUCAACAACCACAUCAGCAACGUGAUGGGCCAUUAUAAAGGCCAGUGCUAUGCCUGGGAUGUCGUCAACGAGGCCAUCGACGAUAACGGGAACUAUCGUGACAGCGUCUUCUACCGCACGUUUAACACCGACUUCUUGGCCAUCGCCUUCAAUGCCGCUAAGAAGGCUGACCCGAACGCCAAGCUAUACUACAACGACUAUAACCUCGAGUACAACGGCGCCAAGACAGAUCGCGCCGUCGAGCUCGUCAAGAUCGUCCAGGCCGCCAAGGCCCCGAUCGACGGCGUCGGCUUCCAGGGCCACCUGAUCGUGGGCUCCACCCCGCAGCGCUCCUCCCUCGUCACGGCGCUCAAGCGCUUCACGGCCCUCGGCGUCGAGGUCGCCUACACGGAGCUCGACAUCCGGCACUCGAGCGUGCCGGCCUCGGCAGCCCAGCUGGCGACCCAGGGCAACGACUUCGCCAACGUCGUGGGCUCGUGCCUCGACGUCGCCGGCUGCGUGGGAAUCACCGUCUGGGGCCUGUCCGACAAGUACAGCUGGGUGCCCGACUCGUUCCCCGGCGCCGGUGCCGCGCUGCUGUACGAUAACAACCUCGGCAAGAAGCCCGCCUGGACGUCGGUCUCGUCGGUGCUCGCUGCGAAGGCCACGGGGGGUCCGGCUACGACGCUUACGACGUCGACGACGAAGACGACUACUACUCCGCCGCCGACGACGACAAAGACGACUACUACUACUACUAAGACAACGACGACUAGUGCGUCUGGUCCCCAGCAGACGCAUUGGGGUCAGUGCGGCGGUAUUGGCUGGACUGGCCCGGUGAAGUGCGAGGGUCCUUGGACUUGCCAGUGGCUUAAUGACUGGUACUUCCAGUGCCUGUAA